CAAACCAAGCCAUCAGAUUGUGUGAUAGCGAAUACCUCGCUACCGCCAAACUCAUAGAUAGUCUCUCUCCCCCUUUCUCUCUCUAGAAUCAGAUCCCUUUUUCUCUCUCCACAAAACAUUUUCCUGAGAAAAUAUGUCGGACGCCGUGAUCAAUGGACUCGCUGGAGCUGGCGGAGGAAUCAUCUCUCAGCUCAUCACCUAUCCUCUCCAAACUGUAAAUACUCGUCAACAAACGGAAAGAGAUCCGAAGAAAGAAAAGAGGAAGCUUGGGACUGUAGAACAAAUGUGUCAGGUUGUUAAGCAUGAGGGAUGGGAUCGCCUGUAUGGCGGUUUAGCGCCGUCGUUGGUCGGUACGGCUGCGUCUCAGGGUGUUUACUAUUAUUUCUAUCAAAUAUUCAGGAACAAGGCUGAAGCUACUGCUUUUGAACGUAAGAAGAAAGGGAUUGGUGAUGGGUCAGUCGGGAUGUUCUCGUCACUUGUGGUGGCUGCUUUAUCUGGGUGUGUGAAUGUGUUGUUGACUAAUCCUAUAUGGGUAGUUGUUACCCGAAUGCAGACUCACACAGAGAAAUCCCAACCUAGUCAAACUCGAUCAAUUGUUUCAGAUGAAGCAAUUGUUGCUGCAGCGGAGCCUCCUCCUUAUGGAACUAACCAUGCGAUUCAAGAAGUUUAUGAUGAAGCUGGGUUUUUGGGAUUCUGGACAGGUGUUUGCCCAACAUUGUUCAUGGUGAGUAAUCCUUCCAUACAGUUUAUGCUGUAUGAAACCUUGUUGAAGAAGCGGAAGGAAAGGCGUGCCUCCAGUAAGAAGGGCAAUAAUGAUAUAACUGCUUCGGAGAUAUUUCUGCUUGGAGCUUUGGCAAAACUUGGAGCCACUGUUGUAACAUAUCCUCUUUUGGUUGUGAAGUCGAGGCUUCAAGCAAAGCAACUUAUUGGUGGAGACAAAAGGCAUCAGUAUAAAGGCACAUUCGAUGCUAUCAUGAAGAUGAUCCACUAUGAAGGGUUUUACGGGUUUUACAAGGGAAUGGGCACAAAAAUAGUGCAAAGCGUCCUUGCAGCUGCUAUUUUGUUCAUGGUCAAGGAAGAGCUUGUCAAGGCAAGUCGCUGGUUAUUAACGAAGGAUGCCGUUAAUAUAGCAAGAUCAAAGCCCCCAUGACCGGAGCUCUCUCUCUAAAUGCCUUCACAAGCAAGUUCUGUACCUUGUAGUAAACAUGAAAUACUUUGAUUUAUUGGAUAAUAAUAUGAUACUACACCAAAUCAUUCAAUCAUCAGAAAGGUUUAUUUUCUUAGUGUUACGUUGUGUUAUAAAACUAUGUAGUGCAAUGUAAUUGUUCGACUCUUUAGACAUGUGAUUUGAACUGAAUAGUACAGUUUUUAAAGUA